AUGGAGUGGAUAUCAAAUUUCUGGACACCGCGACUCAAUAGCGAUUGGACGUCGUCGGUCGCUCAGAAGAUUGCGGAGACAUCAUACCAGAUUCGUUGUGAAUGGCUCCUGUCGGAUUCAGAGCUAGAACAGGCACGCAGCAGACGUGACAUUACCGGGGAUUUCAUUAUCAGCUUCCUCGAUAAGGCAGCUGCAGCGAUCACAGCACUUUCUGCUCCAGAACUGGCCAAAAGAAUAAAACAGCGCGACCUGACAGUGAUGGAGACGACCCUUGCAUUCUGCCACCGAGCAGCAGUGGCACAUCAGAUUAACAAUUGUCUCCACGAGAUUUUUUUUGACCAGGCAGUUCAGAGGGCCGAGGAGCUUGAUAGAUUCCAAGAGCAAACUGGAACUGUCCUUGGGCCUCUUCAUGGGGUCCCAAUCAGUCUAAAGGACCAAUUCUAUGUCAGAGGCGUCGAAACCACCAUGGGAUACGUCGGUUGGAUCAAUACAGUUGAAGGCGUUGCGGAGAGCCCUGAGUAUAAAAAGAGGGAAAGCGUUGUAGUCCAGGAUUUGUUGAAGCUUGGAGCGGUACUAUACUGCAAGACAAGUCUUCCACAGACUCUUCUGCUCGGUGAAACUCACAACAACAUUAACGGAUACACAAUGAACCCCGUCAACCAAGCACUCUCCUGUGGAGGCUCCUCUGGUGGAGAAGCCUCUCUUCUUGCUCUAGGAGGAAGCUGUCUUGGUAUCGGCACAGAUAUUGGCGGUUCCGUGCGGAUCCCCGCCGCCUUUUGUGGUAUAUAUGCUAUCAAGCCGUCCUUUGCACGUUUUCCAUACAAGGACACAGCAAAUAGCAAUCCGGCACAGACGGUCGUCAAGUCCGCGGUGGGCUUCAUGUCCACAUCUCUGGCAUCCCUUAGAUUGAUUCAAAUCGCCCUGCUCUCGACCAAACCUUGGAUAUCUGAUGCAGAAGUCGUUCCCAUGCCAUGGAGGCCUGAAUACGAAAAGAUCGAGGACAGAUUAUGUUUUGGUUUCCUGAGCUGCGAUGAUUUCGUCCUACCACAUCCUCCAAUUCUUCGUGCUCUACGCAUGAUCGAAAAGGCAAUCAAGAGAAAAGGCCAUAAUACCAUCAGAUGGAAUCCUCCUUCACACCGCGAAGGAAGUCAAAUACAUAAUCGAUUCAUGUACUCCGAUGGCGGGGCGAAUACGUGGGAGCAGCUGAGACUCUCUGGGGAAGCGCCGAUUAAAGAACUGGUAGGUCAGCUGGGUGCAGGUCCUAAACCACCCCUGAGCCUACUAGAGUUCCAGGCCUUGGGUCUUCAUAGAAUCGAAUAUCGCCAACGGUACAGGGAAUACUGGAAUUCCACGAUCGAACAGGCCGGAACUGGAAGGCCCGCAGAUGCGUUCAUCAUGCCAGUUGCCCCCCACGCCGCCGUGAUUCCGGGUAAUUAUUACUACUACGGCUACUCCGACGUCAUCAACUUGCUCGACUACACCAGCAUCGUCAUUCCUGUCACCAAAGCAGACAGAGGCUUAGACAAAGCUGAAAAGCACUACACUCCGUUGAAUAAAACUGACAAGAUGAACUGGGAAGCCUACAAUGCGGACGCGUACGAUGGAGCGCCAGUAGGCAUCCAGAUCGUCGCACGGCAAUUCCAAGAAGAGAGGUGCCUCAGUCUCGCCGGAGAGAUUGUCGCAGCCCUCGAAGCCGAAAAUAUAAAUUAUUUCACCAUCGUGCCCAAGAUGGCCAAUCCAGGGUGA